AAACGGAAGUUGAUCCCGUUUGCUCUCUUUUACCGCAGAUCCGCUUUUUGCGGAGGAAUGUGGCUGUUGUGUCCCUAUCUGGAGCGCUAUAUGACAGAUGGGGGAAUGUCGGGAGCGCGCAGGCUCCCGCCGUCAGAUAACCGUGUCACUCCAAACAUGGUAGUUUUCUCCAUGACGGACCUCCAUGGAAAAGAACUGCAUCGAUUCUGAGCAAAGUUGAAACUCUCCGUACAGUCUUUGGUCUGCGUUUGCUCCCAAGCAUGGACCCUUGACCUCCCAGUCUUCAGGAGAAUCGGUUUCCGCUUGUCCUGCUGUUGCCUGAAGUCUCGCUCCGUCACCUGGUGCUGCUGGACUGUUCCAAGACCUCACAAUGUUCUCCGCUUUGAAGAAGCUGGUGGGAUCCGAGCCGGGGCAGCUCAGGGAAAAAAACAUUCCUGCUGGGCUGCAGUCCAUGAAUCAGAGCCUGCAGAGGCGCUUCGCCAAAGGCGUCCAGUAUAACAUGAAAAUCGUGAUCCGGGGCGACAGGAACACCGGGAAGAGCACCUUAUGGCAUCGGCUGCAGGGCAAGAAGUUUGUGGAGGAGUACAUUCCCACCCAGGAGAUCCAGGUCACAAGCAUUCACUGGAACUACAAAACUACAGAUGACGUGGUGAAGGUGGAGGUGUGGGACGUGGUGGACAAAGGACAGAAACACCCUCUCCCUGAAGGCAAAGGCAAACGGCGUGGAGACAACUUGAAACUGGAGAAUGAACCACAAGAGUCAGACGAGGUGGCGCUGGAUGCAGAAUUCCUGGAUGUGUACAAGAACUGCAACGGAGUCAUCAUGAUGUUUGACAUAACCAAACAGUGGACCUUCAGCUACAUCAUGAGAGAGCUGCCCAAAGUGCCCACCCACGUCCCGGUGUGUGUUCUGGGGAACCACAGGGACAUGGGCGAGCACCGGGUCAUCCUGCCUGAUGACAUCAGAGACCUGAUCGCUAGUCUGAACAGGCCGAUGGGAGCCUCCUACAUCCACUACGCCGAGUCCUCCAUGAGGAACGGAUUUGGCUUGAAGUACCUCCACAGAUUCUUCAACAUUCCUUUCCUUCAGCUGCAGAGAGAGACGCUCCUGAGGCAGCUGGAGACCAACCAGCUGGACAUGGACGCCACGCUGGAGGAGCUGUCGGUGCAGCAGGAGACAGAAGACCAGAACUACGACAUUUUCCUGGAGAACUUGGAGUCUCGCAGUAAAGGCUUUGGUUCUCCUGGUCCAGCUAACGGUCAGAGUCCGUCGUCUGGGUCCCAGUCCCCCGUCAUACCCCCCAGCGGGGCCUCCACUGGCAGCUCCAGCCCCAACACACCACAGCCCCCAAUACCCGCCCAGAUGCUUCCUCAGUCGCCCUCUGCGUCCAUCUCCUCCCCUCCCCCUCCACCAGCACCAGGGGUCGGGGCAGUUUCCCCCACCGCUGAGAUGAAGCCGGCUGCGCAGUCGCCGGAGUAUCAGCAGUCUGCAGCUGCAGGUCAGAAGCGCAGCUUCAUCUCCCGCUGGUUCGGCUCUGCUCCUGCGGAGACUUCUGCUUCUGCAGCAGAGGAGCCUCCCGCAGCCUCCGGUUCUGUGAAGGUGCAGAGUGUGGAUGACUUUGUGCCGGAUGAAGGACUGGACAGGAGCUUCCUGGAGGACAGCCUGCCCUCAAAGAGCAAAGGGCCCCCACCCAAAGCAGCUGCAGCCAUGGACAGCGACAGUGAUGGGGAGGGCAGAGGGAACCCCAUGGUAUCCGGGUUCCUGGACGAGCUCGAUCCCGAUGACAAUGAACCAAGCCAGCCCCGGGCUUCCAAACCGCCCCCCAGUAAACAUGUCACCCUGACCAGUGAUGAGGAGGAGGGAGAAGAAGCAGCACCCGCAAUUACACAGGACCAGGACCUGGACAGCGAGCCUGAGCUGAAAGUAGCUCCACCACCUCUCAGCAAACCAAAGGGCGGGUCUAAAGCCACAGGCCACGCCCCCGUCUUCCUCACGCUGACCCCAGCAGCAGAGCAGCCAGCGCGACCCCAGAACAAGAAGAAGGGUCCCUCAAAGGCGGAGGACUCAGACACUGACCCAGAGGCCCCUGUGGCCCAGCAGAUGCUGUCUUUCGUCAUGGAUGACCCCGACUUUGAGUCUGAGGCCUCCGACACCCCCAAGAUUGUAAAGGAGACAUUUCCACUCAGAGAUGAGCUGCUGUCUGACCUCUCGGACGAGGACAUUCCUGCAGUCACAGCGCCAGAACCACUGAAGCCCACUGUGAUCUCCUUCAAGCCCAAGGACGAUGCAGACCUGUUCGGCCUGGGGAUCCGGGAGGAAGCUCCCGCAGUGAAGGACAGCAGCGAGGAGCUGGAAGAGAAAGACAGCAAGUCCUCCUCCAAGGAGAAGAAGAAGAAGAAAAAGAAGACCAAGGAGGAGGACGAGAAGAAGAAGAAACACAAACACAAGAAGAAGGAGAAGGACGAAGCUGCAGCUACAGACGAGAAGGACAAAAAGAAGAAGAAAUCCCGGUCGAAGAAGUCCGAGGUGGACGAGCUGGAGGACUUCCUGGGCGGGGGAGGAGGGUUGGUCAAACGAGAUGAUGGAGAUUAUGAAGAGCUAUAAAAGCUGGUGUCCCAGCAAGACGUGAGGUCCAGAGGAGCAGAGAGGAAACAUCUGCAGCCGUUCUGAGCGGAGCUUCAAGCCAUAAACCAAAUGAGGCUGCAGGAGGCUCCUCUGCCCCCCCCACCUGCACUCCUGCUGUCACUCCCAUUCCAACCAAUAAGAGGAGGCAGCAGGAGCCACGUGGACUGUGAUGUGAUGACUGUGCGGCUGCAGAGUAUCUGGAUUUCCACUUCUCAGUUGUACAGGUGGUUUGGGCUGAGUGUCUGUGUUAACGUGUGAGCAUGCUCAGUGAUGACGGUGUCCUCAAGACUUCAUCUUUCCUUUAAUUCCUUCAUCUGCUUGUUCUUUGACACUUCAGAGGCACUUUUUUGGCUCCGUCGUGCGCUCUGCAGAAGAAUCAUGUGACCCUGCCCCCCCCUUCAGAGAAGCCUCCAGCUUCCAUGAAGCUGUGCAUCACUACUCACUCCAGCUGCAGACAAACAAUUCCAGGUUCUGGUGGUUCUGAACUGUUAAAACCUGGCUCUGUGACCUUCUGCUAACGGAGAUGCUUCUGCCCAAAACAUUUGCUGUGGAGAAUUUUUUUGCCCCCCUCCCUCCAUGUCAAGUGUUCUUACUGUAAGCUGGUGGGUCACAUGACCUGACUGUCACAGCUUUUUACUGUUGCUUCAUUAUUCUCUUGUUUUCUUUGUCCUAUUUAUUUCUGUUUUGAUGCAAAUGUUGGAUUUUCCUGGUUUUGUUUUUGAUUCUGCUCACUCCAGCUUCCGGCUGCAUAGCUGCCGGGUGGGGGGGGCCUCCAGCCCCCAUCACUCAAACAAAUGUUUAAUACUCCGAGUGCUCAUCUGUAUUUGCAGACAUAUCCACUCAUUCAUAGUUUAGAUUAAGAAAAACGACGGUUUUGACAUUUUAAAGUUGAAGCUAUGCAGCAUUAAUCUCCAGUACUGUGUGCAUCUCUGACUCUUGUGGAGGAGAAAUGCUGAAAGGUUGUACGGAAACUCCACACUUAAGUGUUGGGCAGGAACAAAAUGGAAAUAAAUGUUGUAGAUCUUUGUUCCAGCAUGGAAACACUGACGGCUUCCUGCCUCUGCUGGCGGCAGUGAAGACGUCAGAGACGCUGCAUCGUCCUGAAUGAAGCUCUUUGGUUUGUUUCUCAUGACCCAUCUUUACUCUAAGAGUUUACCCAUGUUUGUCAAAUAAAAACUUAUUUCUUCAUAACAGAAGAUAUCUGUGUGUUUAUUAACUCUCAUGUUUCUCAUCUCCUGACUUCACUGCAAAAACAUGCAACCUAGGAAUAAAUUCACAAUUCUUACCCCAAUUUUGCAAAAAAAAAAAAAAAAAAAUCUGCCAAUGGGGGGAAAAGGGGCUCUUCCUUAGCAAAAAAAAAAUAGAAAUAAGAUUUUGUGCAAUUGAAAAACUUUCUUGAUGAGACAAUUUUUCUACAACUGGGCUUUUUACUUAAGAUUUCAUUCACCUUUAUGGAUCUAUAUAACAUAUAACACAUAUUUCCCCAAUCUUCAGAAAAAGGCUACAAUAAACCAAAAAAAAAAAA